AUGGGUGACAUCUCCAUUGAAACGCUUCCUCAGAUUGUCUCCAAAUGCUUCGACUCCCUCGACGAUGGCCACCUCAAACGAACCGGAACCUUAUGCACGGCGAGGGCGAAUAUAAUAACAGGGAUGGUAGGAGCAGGAGUGCUUUGCCGGUCAUGGGACAUUGCUCAGCUGGGUUGGAUUGCAGGCCCUGCUGCAAUACUCUUGUUCUCUUUUGUGGGCUACUACACCUCUCGCCUCCUCUCCCAUUGUUACCGCACUGGCGACCCCUACACCGGCGAGCGUAACUCCACUUAUAUGGACUCUGUUCACUCGAUUCUCGGUGGAGCAAAUUUUAAAGCAUGUGGUUUUUUUCAAUAUAUAACCCUAUUUGGAAACGCCAUUAGCUGUAUCAUUCAAGCAUCUCUCAGAAUGAUGGCAAUAAAAUAUAUGCAUUGCUUCCACGAGAAUGGGGAGAACUCGUGCCACGUUUUGGCUAAUCCGUACAUGAUCAUAUUCGGCAUCACAGAGAUUCUGCUGUCCCAGAUUCCGGAUUUUGAUGGAAUAUGGUGGGUUUCUAUUGUGUCUGUUGUCAUGUUCUUCACUUACUCUUUGAUUGGGCUCGGCCUAGCAAUUGCCCGAGUUGCAGCUAGUGGAAGUUUCAAGGGUAGUCUUACAGUAAUAAGCGUUGGGGAUGCGACUGAAACCAAAAAGAUAUGGAGAUGUUUCCAAGCUCUUGGAAAUAUCGCCUCAGCAUACUCAUUUUAUGAGAUCCUUAUUGAAACUCAGGACACCAUCGGAUCUCCACCAUCAGAAGUAAAGACCAUGAAGAAAGCCAUUUCUCUGAGCACCGUGGUGAUGACGACAAUCUACAUGCUAUGUGGCUGCGUGGGCUAUGCUGCUUUCAGUGACGAUACUCCGGAAAAUUUUCUGAUCGACUUGGGUUUCAACAAGCCAUUCUGGCUUCUUGAUAUUGCCAAUUCUGCUAUUGUGAUCCAUCUUGUUGGAGCAUACCAAGUAAACAGCCAGCCGACAUUUGCCCUGGUCGAGAAACAGGCCGAUCAGAGAUGGCCUCACAGUGAGCUCAUCGCUAAAGAGAUGAAGAUCCUGGUACCAGGCUUGGGCCAAUACAACAUGAAGCUCUUUAGACUUGCUUGGAGGACGGUUUUCGUGAUCCUGACCACUGUGAUAUCGAUGCUAUUCCCAUUCGUCUUCAACAAAGUCGUGGAUAUCAUCAGCUUGGGCUUUUGGCCUCUCAUGGUCUAUUUUCCCGCCGAGAUGUGUAUUAGACAGAAACGAAUUCCCAAAUGGAGCACUAAAUGGGUAUACCUGCAAAUGCUGAGCAUGGCCUGUCUUGUGAUAUCGAUCAUGGCAGCUGCGGGUUAG